AUGCAAGACUUGGUCCAUGAUGUAUUUGGGAUACCACAUGGAACAAAUAAAUUGAAUAGAGAAGGGGACUUUCCUAUUUCAGAGGCUGAAAAAUUUUACAAAUUGAUUGAUGAUUCUCAACAGGAUUUGUACAGUGGUUGCAAAAAUUUCUCGAAGUUGUCUUUCAUUAUUCGUUUGCUUCACCUAAAAUGCCUUGGUAAGAUGAGUAACAAGAUUUUUAAUAUGCUUGUUGAGCUGUUGAGAGAAGCAUUUCCGGAGGCCAUGACUAAUUUGCCUUCUUCUUACUAUGAGGCUGAGAAAUUGAUGAAUACAUUGGGGCUAGGUUUUGAAAAGAUCGAUGCAUGUCCUAAUGAUUGUUCUCUUUAUUGGGGUAGUGCUGAAAAAAGAACUUCAUGCGAAACAUGUAACGAGCUUAGAUUGGGGUUGGCAUCUGACGGGUUUAAUCCAUUCAACAAUAUGAGUUCUACACACAGUACUUGGCCUGUGGUUUUAAUACCAUAUAACUUACCUCUAUGGAUGUGUAUGAAGCAACCGUACUUCAUGUUGUCCUUGUUAAUACCCGGACCAUCCUCUCCUGGGAAUAAUAUUGAUGUUUAUCUACAGCCUCUAGUUAAAGAAUUGACCGAAUUGUGGGAUUUUGGCAUUCAAACUUAUGAUGCAUCCCAAAAAGAAAAUUUUCAAUUGCAUGCAGCUCUGUUGUGGACCAUUAGUGAUGUCCCUGGAUAUGCAAUGUUAUCUGAGUGGAGCACUAAAGGUGAAUAUGCUUGUCCUGUUUGUCACAAGUUCACUCAUGCUCGACGGUUGACUCAUAGUUUCAAGCAUUGCUAUAUGGGUCAUCGUAGAUUCUUAGAUAGUAAGCAUAAAUUUAGAAAGCAAGCCCAAUUGUUUGAUGGCACCGAAGAAUAUGGAAAGCGACCACCUUUGCAAACUGGGGAUAUGAUUGUGAGUGAAUUGGGAGACUUGCAAAUUAAAUUUGGAAAACUUGUGAAAAGUAAUCCGAAAUUGCCUUUUAAUUGGAAAAAGAGGAGUAUUUUCUUUGACUUGCCAUAUUGGAAAGAUAAUGUCUUAAGACAUAAUCUUGACUUCAUGCACAUUGAGAAGAAUGUUGGUGAAAAUAUUUGGGGGACAUUGCUGGAUAUUGAGGAUAAAGCAGAGGACCAUUAUAAUUCCCACUGUGAUUUGAGAGAAAUGGGAAUAAGAAAAGAGCUGCAUCCCAUUGAGAUAGAACCUGGAAAGGUUUACUUACCUCCAUCUUCCUUUGCAAUGGAUAAAAAACAGAAAACUAUGUUUUGCAAUGUGCUAAAAAAAGUGAAAUUUCCAGAUGGUUAUGCAGCUAACGUCUCAAGAUGCGUUCGAGUAAAGCCACCAAGAAUUUCGGGGCUUAAAAGUCAUGAUAAUCAUAUCCUAAUACAGCAAUUGAUGCCUAUAGCUUUGAGAAAGACUUUGCCAAAAUCAGUGCGCUAUCCUUUGAUUCGAUUGAGUAGAUACUUCAGGCAGCUUUGUUCUAAAGUUAUUUGUCCUCAAGAUGUGGUUCGUUUGGAAAGUGAAAUUGCCGUUAUACUCUGCGAUCUUGAGAAAUGCUUUCCACCAACAUUCUUCGAUGUCAUGGUGCAUUUAACUAUUCAUUUGGCAACUGAAGUGAAAUUAGGUGGCCCGGUGUAUUAUGGUUGGAUGUAUCCUGUAGAGAGGCCUGAAGGUUCGAUUGCUCAAGGCUACUUGGCAGAAGAAUGCAUAAACUUUUGCAUGUUGUAUCUUGCGGACUAUGUUGAGACAAAAUUCAAUCGUCCAAGCAGAAAUAAAGAAGUACAUAAGGAAAUUGAAGAGGGUUCAGAUAUAUUCUCUGAAUCAAGACAUCCUUUGGGGAGGGACAAGCCAACAAUCUUUGAUGCUCAUAUCUUGAGUAAAGCAUAUCAGUAUAUUUUAUUUAACUGUGAUGCUGUCACACCUUACAUGGAGCAGCAUCGUAGAUUGAUAGAAGAAGGGCAUCCUCAAGUUCCACAACAUCUAAAAGAGCGCUUGCACAGCGAAAAUUUUGCUUGUCCAUAUGUUGUUGGAAUCCAACAUGACAAGUACGUUGUUAAUGGAUUUCGGUUUCACACCAACGAAGUUGAGAAGAAAAGAAAAACGCAGAAUAGUAGUGUUACAGUCAAUGGAACAACAUCCAGUUUUGCAAGUAUAAGGGAUCAAAAUCUAGUUUUGAGUGAACUAGUUUACUUCGGCGUCUUGAAAAAUGUUGUUGAAUUAAUUUACGGAGGUCGUCGGGUGGUGUUAUUCGAAUGUGAUUGGAAAUCAAAUGGUUCGAGAAUGAAACAAGAUGCUGAUGGGUUUACUGUAGUCAAUUUUGCAAAUGUGAGACCUCAUGUUGAGCCAUUUAUACUCGCUUCACAAGCAUCACAGGUUUUUUAUGUGGAAGAUCCAACUGAUAAAGAUUGGCAAGUUGUUAUCUCUACCACUGCAAGAGAUGGAUAUAACAUGGGCACAACCAUGGAUGUUGAGACAUAUUUGCAAAGUGAUGUUGGCAAUCCUGUUGUUGAGAAUGAAAAUGAGGAAAUUAGUUGGGUUCGUGAGAAUGGACUUGGGAUUGAAGUUGAUUUGUCCCAAUAUAAUCUGAUUUAG